AUGUUAGACCCAGCCGCGUUCACGAUAACGACGAUAAUCGCAUUAUCCACGUGCGUAACAGUGACCCAUAGUGCAGCAGACAACGUGUUUCCUGAGUACAUCAAAGUGUUGCCCAGUCCAUUGGUUUGCCUUUUGGACGGUUGCAUUAUCGGAACUACACGAAGUGCACUGGAAGGUUAUCAAUUUGAGGCGUUCUUUGGGAUUCCGUACGCCAAGCCUCCGCUGGGAAAAUUACGUUUUAAAGAUCCAGUGCAAGUAGAAUCGUGGGUCGGCAAUUACGAUGCCACUUUUGAACGAAGCAAGUGCAUACAGAAAAAUGACGCCCGUCCCCAAUCAUUGGUAGAGGGAAGUGAAGAUUGUUUAUAUCUGAACUUGUACCGACCUCUUCAUAUAGGUGAGAAACUUCCGGUGAUUGUCUACAUUCACGGCGGAAGUUAUGCUUCUGGUUCGGCAUCCUUUGCGGAGUACGGCCCUGAACGAUUGAUGGAUACUAAAAAGGUUUUAGUGGUGGUGAUUCAGUAUCGCCUUGGAGUGUUUGGAUUUCUUUCCACCGAUGAUAUUUCUUCUCCUGGAAAUUACGGGCUGAAAGACCAAAGUAUGGCAAUGCGCUGGGUGCAGAGAAAUAUUAAAAAGUUUGGAGGCGAUCCGAAUCGAGUCACACUGGUUGGCCAAAGUGCCGGUGGUGCUGCAGUACAAAUGCACAUGAUGUCCCAUUUAAGCCGAGGUACGUUUCAACAGGCUGUGAGCAUGAGUGGAACAGCGUUAGCGUAUUGGAAUUACAACAUUGAUCAAGCAAGGGUUGCAAGGCGUCAGGCUGCAGUUUUGGGUAUUCCUGCGGCUUAUAAAAUGUCCACAGAAAAGUUGGUGGAAACUCUACGCUGGGUAGACGCCGUUGAGUUGGGCAAGAGCAUCGAUCGACUAAAAUAUUUCUAUGUUCAUCCAACUGCUUUAUAUCAACCAGUCAUGGAACGCCAUUUGACAAACGGUACGUUUCUCAGCGAAGACCCACAAGCACUUUGGUCUGCAGGAAAAUUCCAGCAAAUUCCGUGGAUAACCGGUACGGUUCCAAAUGAUGGCGCAGCUGAUUCUCUUGGAAUAAUUACAAAUGUUACGCUUUUAAAGCAGCUUAAUGAAAUGUCGAGGAAAUAUAUUCCUCGCUUGGCAGGCGGAGAUGACAAUGCCAAGGCAACCCAAAUGCUUAAGAAUCGGUUCUUCCAGGACGGAACAGACGAUCGCUGGCUGACUGCAAACAAUUUUCUACAUUUACAAGAUCUCCUCACCGAGUCUACCAUAACUUACCCCACGGCACGAAGUGUGAAGCAGCAUUUGGCGUUGAAAAAAAACAACAAGUCCCCGAUAGGAGUGUACUACUUUAAUUUCAAGGGCCGCUACUCGCAGUCAUAUUCCUACAGCUACACGACCAAAGACUUCGGCGUGUGUCAUUCCGACGAACUGCUUUAUCUGUUCAGAAACACCGCAGUGGGAGCGGAUUUCCCCAGCGGUUCACCGGAGGCGAUCAUGGCAAGAAGUUUUGUUGAAUAUUUUGUAAAAAUUGCUUAUGAAGGAAUUCCCGGUCCAACGUGUAGAAACAAAGAUUGCCAAAUAUUAGAGUUUACCAACUCUGAGAAUCCAAAAGCACCAGUAGUGUUAAGCUUAGUAAAUGGAUUCAACGAAGACAUGUACAAGUUUUGGCAAAAAUAUUACAGUUUACAAGGAAUUUGAAUAACAACGUAUCGUAAGGGAGGAAGAUUUGCCAUAUUUCAAUAAUCGUCGUGCUUGUGAUACGCCAUCAGUAAGGGUAAGAUUUGAAGUCAAAACGUACUUAACAUAAACA